AAGAUGACCCUGAAUUGACUGUGAAGGCUGUCUUGAAACCGUGGACGGAUGGUUGUGAUAUAUUAAAAACUGUUAGAGAAUUAGAGGAAUUUAGCUGUGUUUGACUUCGAUCAAACUUUAAUAAAAAUGGACUCGGAUUUACAAGUAAUAAGUCUCAUAAAAGAUGAAAUACCAUCAAGACUUGAACAAUUUUUAAAGGACAAGAAUUGGCAUUCCUACAUGUGCCAAAUUUUUGCCAUUUUGCAAGAAAAGAAAAUUGACAGGACUGAAAUUUAUGGAGCAAUUGCUGAUAUUCCUGAAAUUGAAGGCACUACUUUGCUGGUGAAGACUUUGGAUAAAUUAGGAUACGAUAUUAUUAUCAUAAGCGACUCGAAUCAUAUAUUCAUUGAAAACUGGUUAGACGCUCAUAAAUUAGAUAAAUUUGUAAAAAAAAUCUUUACAAAUCCUGCUUUUUAUGAUAAAUCAGAAAGAUUAAACGUUGUACCUUAUCAGAGUCAAACCGAAUGCAAUUUGUGUCCAAGAAAUUUAUGUAAAGGCUCAAUUUUAACAGAGUAUAUUAAAAUAAGCAAGAAAAAUGGAUUGGUUUUUGAUAAAGUCAUUUACAUUGGAGAUGGAGGUAAUGAUUUUUGUCCGAUGCUGAGAUUGAGAAAAAGUGAUAUUGCUUGUCCAAAAUUGGGAUGUGAAAUUUUUACAGUAAUUGAUUUAUUUGCAUAUACACGUAAUCCUGAUGUGAUAAUUAAAGCUGUUAUCAGGCCAUGGUUAAAUGCAUACGAUGUUCUUAAAGUUGUUCAAGACUUAACCAGAAAGUAAAUG